ACUGAUGUGACGCUGUCGUCCUUUUUCUGCCCCUCAUCAGAGUCCCCCGAGCGGAGCAGGCUGUGAAGGGGGGCUGCCAUCAGAUCUCCGGCCUCUGCCCGAUGUAGCCAUGACUGGGACCUGCACCCGGGAGUGCACAGAGUUCGGCCACUCCGACACCUGCUGGAUGCCCGGCCAGUCCUCCCCCAGCCGCAGGCCCAAGAACGCCCUCAAACUCUCCACUUUUGUGCCUUACCAAGACAGAGGGAGUCAAGAGCAAGUCGGGAACGGCAGCCCCAGACUGUCGGAAGAGCGCAGCACCAAAAUGGCCAACCUCCGCCUGCUCCCCACGUACAGUGCCUUCUCCAAUAGUAGCCAUGAGCCCUGCAAGGACUCUCCCAUGGAGGAAAUUCCUCUCACCCAGACCUCGGACUUCCAGCCAGCCACCACCCCGUCGGCCCAGACCACCAAGAGGGAGAUCUACCUGUGAGGCUGGGCGUGGGGGGCAGGGAGCAGAGGCCAGAGGAACAUUUUCCACUUCGAUGAUGCUUUAUGGCUCCGGCCGCUUCUCCAGGCAGGGCGCUCUGCGGGGAGCAGGGCAGGGCGAGACAGGGGUGAGAGGAGCGCCUUUUUAACCCCUUGUUGCCCGGGGCUGGGGGUGGGUGGGGAGGAUGAAAAGCAUCCCAACCCCGAUUGCCGAGCAUCCCGAACUGCUGCCGGGGAGGGCUGGGCAGGCUCCUGGUGCGGAGGGCACGGAGAAGGGAGAGAAGGGCUUACGUACCAAAGGUCCACGCAGAGCUGGUGGAGUUCCUGGGGCAUAGGAUGAGGAGUGUCCCCGAGCACGGGGAGCCAGCUGCCUGUCUCUUUGCUGUAGACUCCUGUAAAUACGAAUCUUAUAGGAAUGACAUUCAAGUCCUGCCUGAUCGCAACUUUUUAUUGUCCUUGAAACAACAACAACAACAACAAAAAAAGACGUUUAAAGAGAAAACAAAAAGGAAAAAAAAAAACAAAAAAAAGAGG